AUGAUGAAAUUAAUCAGGACAUUUUCGAGAGUAAUUUCUGCGACUUAUUUCUUAGCUGUCACAUACUGGAUAAUAAAUGAUAGUGUUCCUUUAGUUGCUGACUACCCCAAGUAUUCUGAUCGCUUGACAAUAGCAGGAAUUACAUUUGUGUUUAGCAUUCUCACUCUUUUCAAUACAGUGUUAGGCCCGAUGAUUUUGCUGGGAUUCACACUUCUUAAUGGAUAUUUGAAAUACUAUGCCUGCCAAGAGCACAGUUUUAGAUGUUUAAAAGUAAUAGGCAUUGAUAUACUAAUUACUAGUCUCUUGGUGACUGUGCUUACAGAUCCUUGGCUGUUUUUAGGAAAUGAAAGAGUAGAUCAAGAAGUUAAAGACAAAAACGAGUAA